AUGUUCCUCAGUCGCUCUGUUGCCAAGCUUAGUGGCUCAGUUGGCGGGCGACUGGUCAAGCCCCAGCGUCACUUUUCGCUGUCCAGCGCCAGUCAGGUGAAGAUGACCGUUCGUGACGCCCUGAACUCGGCCAUGGACGAGGAGAUGGAACGCGACGAGCGAGUGUUCAUCAUCGGCGAGGAGGUGGCCCAGUACGACGGCGCCUACAAGGUGACCAAGGGACUGUGGCGCAAGUACGGCGACCGCCGCGUCAUCGACACGCCCAUCACCGAGGCCGGCUUCACCGGCAUGUCCGUCGGCGCCGCCUUCUACGGCCUUCGACCCAUCUGCGAGUUUAUGACCUUCAACUUUGCUAUGCAGGCCAUCGACCACAUCAUCAACUCGGCGGCGAAAACCUUCUACAUGUCUGCUGGCUCGAUCAACGUGCCCAUCGUUUUUCGCGGUCCGAAUGGCGCCGCUGCCGGAGUGGCCGCCCAGCACUCGCAGUGUUUCGCCGCCUGGUACUCUCACUGUCCCGGGCUGAAGGUGCUGGCGCCCUACUCUUCGGAGGACGCCCGUGGCCUGCUGAAGGCGGCCAUUCGUGAUCCAGAUCCGGUGGUCUUCCUCGAGAAUGAAAUCCUCUACGGUGUGCCCUUUGAGGUGGGCAGUGAGGCCCUGUCCACCGACUACCUCCUGCCGAUUGGCAAGGCGAAGGUUGAACUGCCCGGCAGCCACGUCACCAUUGUCGCCUUCUCCAAGUCGGUGGGCACGGCUCUGGAGGCUGCCACCGCGCUCGCCUCUUCGGGCAUCAGCGCCGAGGUGAUCAACCUGCGAAGCAUCCGUCCGAUGGACUUUGAGACGAUUGCCCUCUCCGUCGCCAAGACCAAUCACCUGGUGACGGUGGAGAGCGGAUGGCCGCAGAGUGGCGUCGGCUCGGAGAUCUGCGCUCGUGUCAUUGAAAGUCCCGUCUUUGACUACCUCGACGCUCCGGUGAUACGAGUGACCGGCGCCGACGUGCCCAUGCCGUACGCAAAGUCGCUGGAGGCGAAUGCUCUGCCGGUGGCCGAGGACGUCGUGCUCGCUGUCAAGAAGAUGCUCAACGUCCACCUUGAUUAG